CAGGACGGAUCCCCGCCGACCAGGGCUCGGCUUGGGAACGCGGGCAGAGUCCGGGGCGCGCUCCGUCUGCUCGGGCCAGCAGCCCCCGAAGGCCCGCGAGGCGGGGGCGGCCGAGCCCUCUCCCAGUCUUUCCCUCGGCCUCCGCGGGAGGGCUCAGCCCCAGCAGACGCCGCCUCCGCCCUCGUGGCCCGCCCAGCCUGUCCUGCCCUUCCGCGGAAGGAGGCAGCGGGACGCCCGGGCUCCUUCUGGGAAGCCGCGCCCGGCGGGGCUCGGGGCGGCUGUGGCGCCAGCGGCGAGGACGGGCGGCGCGUCCCGGGCGGCGGGCGGCGAUGGGUUCGUGGCGGAGCGCGGCGGCGGCGGCGGCGGGGCUGCUCUGCCUCCUGUGGCACCUUGCGUCUUCAAAGAAUGUCCAGCCACGCUGCCAUACCGAUUAUGAAACUAACCUGGUUUGUCGCUGGGAGGUGGAUGCUGUCACCAACUGCACCGCGGAGUUUAAAGUGCUCUACCAAAACUCUAGUUUAGCAAAGAAGCCAGAGGAGUGCCCUCUGAAGAAUGAGCAGGACCAAGACGCUGCUUCCUGGUGUGUUUGCGUGAUUCGAGGGAAUAAAUUCAGAGGAGUCAAGUAUACCAUAUCGCUGGCCAGGACAGAGAACAAUGCCAAGGUCUGGAGCAACAAGACCUGGGAUAUGGACUCCAUUGUGAAGCCCAGACCCCUGAUCAACCUGACGGUCGAGAAGAAGAAGGAGGACCGCACUUUCAUCCUUACCUGGAAGAGGGAUUACAAUAAAUCGAGCACAUUUCAAAACUCUGCAGCAAGAUACGAGGUUGCCUAUUGGCCCAAAAACCAUAGAGAACAGAAAAUCAUUGUUCCAGAGGACUCAUCCCGUCAUAUUUUCUUCGCGGACAAGCUCCGUUCAGACUCCACCUACGAAGCGAGUGUGCGCUAUGAGUUGAAGCUCUGGGACACCUGGAGUGAUUGGAGUACUACUUGUGAAUGGCUCAAUGAUUUUGAGCCCAGCUCUGAAAAGAAAUCCUGGACGUCCAUUGUUUGGUUCUGCAUGAUAAUCAUUAGUCUCAUUCUCUUCUGCUACCUCUGUUUCCUGUGGGUGAAGAGGAAAUGGUGGGAUGGGAUCCCAAGUCCCCGCAAGAGCAAAAUGGCAGAGGAUAUAACGGCGGGAAAAUGGCUUUGGGUUUUCGGCAAGAUGGAGACGGCUCCCUACAGACGGCCGUUUCAGAGCAAAGGUGGUGCUGAUCUCCCUCACCAGCCUCUCAGUGUGAACCGGGAGCCCUUUCUAAUCCCCGAAGAAGUCUUCCUGAGCAAAGGCUCUCUAACCACAGACAGCAGUGCCGGAGGUGUCAAACCAGGAAGCCCGGAAGAGGCAGAGGAAGAGACGGAGCAGGUCCCACACGAAGACGCCGUGGCCGGUCUCUUCAGGAACCUUCUGCGUGGCGUCCUGAGUGUGGAGGAUCCGGGGGCCCCAGCAACCUCCGCCCAAAGCUGCUCUGCUCCAGAGAAGCCUGUCUGCCUGCAGGGUUUCUGCCAGCCGGCUUAUCAAGCCUGCCGAGUGGAGCCUGAGGGCUCUGGGCUGGAGCUGCCUUUGUCAGGGCGAGGCCCAUACACUCCCGAAGGAGAAGCCGACUGGCUGCCCGGGCUGGAGGAUCCCUCCUGCACUGCCCUCCCUCAGGCAGAGAGCAGUCCUGCUGCCUCCUUGGUUCCGGGCUACAAGUCCUUCAGCAGCCUGGAGGCUCAGCCGGCGAGCGGCUUCUGCCCGGCCUGGAGUAAGUGGCCUUGUCUUGCCCCAGAAGCCCAAAGCCAGCAGGUCUGGGGCAGCACUGGGCCCAGCCUUCUUCCACUGUCAGACACUUCUGGAGGCUUCCCAGCAGGUCGAGAUGCCUUCUCCCUUUAUGGAGCAGCUGCCCCAGGAAUGUGGCUUUUUCCUGCACAGCAAGGAGAGGCCUUGGCAGCUUCUGCUCUGCGGGCCUCUGGAGGGCCCGAGAGCCUGCCUGGUCCGAAGGCCGCUUUCUUCUCCGGCUACCGGGCCUUCAACUGUGCCCUCCAGAGCAGCCUCGCCUCCCCGGAGUUCUCCAUGGAGCCCGUCUAGAAGCCUUUCCUCCGGGCAUCAAAGAGAGGCUUCUCGGGGGCAGGGAACUCAGUAAGGACAAAGGGAGAUUGUGCUUAAACUUGGUGAUAAACAGAUGUUGCACCUUUUCAGAUAAAAGCAGAUUAAGCCCACUGAUGAAAGCCCAUUUCCCCGCCUCACAAUUUUCAGCUUUCGUGGACUGUCAACAGGGAAUGUGGGUAGUGGGUAAGGCAGCCUACAUCACGGGGUGUAUCUGUCCUGGCUUGUGCCCCUUCCUGAUUGCAGGUCUUCCUAGAGCCAUGGCUACAGAAGGAAGCCUGGGUGAUGCCCCUUGCUCUGGAAAGCAUCUUGCCUGAGCCGUCCCCACCCUGGCUCUGCAUUUCCAAACCUUAGCUGUGAGUUGAACCUCCAAGACCUUCCUUACUCUUCCACAGGCCACAGGUAGGAGGGAAGGGUGGGCUGGAGCAAGGGUCCUCCUGGAAGGACCGUUUGGGGUCCUGCCUGGAGGGGGAAAGCAAGCUCUGGGGCCUUUCAGAUCUGUUGUGCUUGGAAUGAGGAGUGCAGUGCAGCUCAGGGCUUCCUCUUCUCUACCUGAAGGAGAGGUGGCCUGCUGUUCAGGGCUCAGGGAAGCCACACAAACACACAUGCACUGCAGAGCCAUGAGGCCUUUAAAAGUCUCCCAGACCUAAUACACACACACACACACACACUCCCAUUACCCAGUUUGCUUCCAGGUCCAAUUCAAGGUGUUGGUUUUUAUCUUUAAAGCCCUUCAUGGGACCAGGUUAUGAAAGGAACCACCUCGCCCCAAUGGGACUAACCUGCCCCUUUCGCGGGGCUUGCUGCAGACCCCAUGGGUCGAGGAGCUUCAGCCGGUGGGGUCCAGGAGAAGGGCCUUUUCUGCCAUGGCCCCCCUCUUUGGAACAUCAUGCCUCUUGAGGUGAGAUCCAUCCCCAUCCGCCUGUCCUCCCGGAAGAGCCUCAAAGCCUGGCUCAGCUGGUUAGCUUUAGGCCCCAAUGGGAGCCUUGCGCGCUGGAGGUGGGUGGUGGACAGAGAGAAGACCCCAUGUUCUUAGAAGACCCCAUGUUCCUGCUCUUGGUUUUCAGUCUUUUCCUAUUUCUUGUUAAUGCUUUUAUAUGACUUUAUUGCAUUGCAAGUUGCCCAGAGUCUUUUUGGAUAGUGAGAUGGGUGGCAUAAAUUUAAUAAAUAACUGAAUAAACAAA